UACGGAAGCCGAGCUGCCCACGCACGCCUACGCGUUUCUGAAAUAACGUUACUUUCCUUUAGCUAGCGUUGUCGAGUGAGUGAGUACGACUGAGUAGAAUUUAUAAUAAAUAAAAGCUUAAUUAAUUUAGCCAUUUCACAGUGUCUACGUUAUUAUGCAGACGUGUGAGUAGUGUUAGCAGUUAUUCGAUGCUGGUUGUCGGAUUAGUGCAGUAUGCUCCUCAUUCAGCAGGUUAGCUCUGGACUGCUAGCUGAGCUGAUAAAGAGGAGGAGGGAGAGGAAAACAUAAACAUGUCCGCAUUAGUGCCGCAUCUGAUUCUCUACUGAGCGUAAAUUGUUCCGGAUCGUUUUUUUGUUUGUUUUGUUUUGUUUGCAUUGCAUUGCAUGUUAGUCUUGUGUUAGACUGAACUGGUGGUGAACAUGGAGAUGAUGGAGCAGACUGGCCUGAGAGAGAGUCCUCCCGGAUCUGUGUCUGUUCAGAAAAUGGAAAACUGUGAGCAAAUUCAAGGUCUCGGAGAAAGAAUACAAGAUUGUGGAAUGAAUUUUAAAGACAGAGAUGUUGAUGGCGAGUCUGCGAAAAGGGAAGAGACUGAAACGUGUCAAGUGCUGGAUCAACAACAACAACAACAACAACAGGAGGCAGACGAGGAGCUGGACCCCAGGAUACAGGAGGAGCUCGAGCAUCUGAAUGAAGCCAGUGAGGAGAUCAACCAGCUGGAGCUGCAACUAGAGGAGGAGAGGUCAAGCUACAGAAAAAUCUUUGCAGAUUCAGCCAGGAAGCUUAAUGCACUAAGCUCUCAACUGGGCUCUUGCAUCGAGAAAGCCAGACCAUACUAUGAAGCACGGAGAUUAGCUAAAGAGGCCCAGCAGGAGACCCAGAAGGCUGCGCUUAGAUACGAGAGGGCCGUUUCCAUGCACACGGCUGCACGGGAGAUGGUGUACGUGGCUGAGCAGGGCCUUGGUGCAGAUAAGACUCUGGAUCAGACCUGGCAAGAAAUGCUCAAUCAUGCCACUGCCAAGGUGAACGAGGCUGAAGACGAGCGGCUGCGGAGCGAACGAGAGCACAUGCGUGUCACCCAGCUGUGUCAGGCGGCCGAGGCUCACGUACAGACGCUGCAGAAAUCCCUCAAGAGGACCAUUAUUAAGUCAAAGCCUUAUUUCGAGCUCAAGGUCCAGCUUACAUCCAUAUUGGAGGAGCAUAAAUUGAAGGUAACUCUGUUAGAAGAGCGUGUGACUGAAGUGAAAAGGCAUUACUCCUACACUCUGCAGCGUUUGGAGAAAAUCAGCGAGGAGAUCCACGCCCAGAGAGGACCGGACUCUACAAACGGCUCUGCGAAAUCCUUCCAAACACGCAGUCCUCCGAUCGGAGCCGAGGCGGUAAUUACUACGAGGACUGAAACUGGAGAGCGCAAUAAGACAAAUGAAUGGGUGGACGGCCAAGAAGCUAAGACGCGAGAGUGGGUGGAGAGGCAUAGGGAGUCUGGCUGGUGGGAGGGAGGAAAACCCAGGCCGUUGUCCGGAGUGGGCUCUGACUCCACCUCUGUUUUUAGCUUUAAAACCGUCGCUUCUGAUUUGGAGAAGUGCGACUCUGUCGAGCAUCUCGGCCAGCUGAGUGACUCUGUUAGUCUUUCUGGAGAAGAAGAGGAACGGGUGCAGACUGGAGAAGCGGAACACAGGAAGGACAAAAAGGCUGAUUUUACAGAGCUUGAGAAACAAGAGCAGGUUGUUAAGCAACAUCACAGGAGUGUGAGUUUGUGAGUAAGCUCAUGUCAGGGUAACGUAAAGGAGAAGGUGUGAACAGGAGUGCACGAUUCAGUGAUACUUGAAGACAUUUCCAGAGUGCACAAUACGUGAUGAUAACAUAAUAAUCAUAUAAAACAGUAGUCAUAAUCCAAAAAAAAGCAACACAAUGGUUUUAAACUUUUAAUUGCAGAAAAAUAGCAUUUGAAAAGAAUUAAAAAAAUUAAUUAAGUGAUUUAUACAUCUUCGAUAGCUGCUCUAUCCUGAAAAGGGAGGACACAGGGUUUAAAAUGGGAGUAAACCCUGAAGGGGACGUCAAUCUGUCACAUUCACGCACACUUCAUACCAUUCGUCAUAGAAGAUCUAUUUUAGGGGGUUUAAAAAAAAAAAAGACCAAUCAGCUACUUAUUACUUGAAUGACAAUUUCACAAUAUCAUGACGGAUAUCGUCUGUACGUCUACAUCACUGACCAGCUCGCUUGUAAACCACCUGGUUACUUCUGGUUAUCAUUUUAAUGUAUUGUCCAGACUUAUGUUCCAACUGGGCUGGGUAUUGUCCCAGCACGCCUUCUUAAUCUGCGUAGUUUAACAUCUGGCAUAAUACGGUCUCUAUGUCAGGGGCACCAGUAUGUCAGAUUUAAACUCGUGAAGAAAAAUGUCCUGCAUUUUAAAAUCAUUAUCAAGGCAAGAAGUUUCACUGCGUAUAUUUGAUUUAAACUAGAUUAGUGCAGUACUGUCGAUCUCUUUAGCAAUUGUCCCAUUAGUGAGAGCAUUAGCUCUGUAAUUGCACUUUGCAUCAGGAAAGGGAUUGGAAAGAAAUGGACUUCUUGUGAAUGCUUGCGAUGACUAUUGAGAGACGGACUUAUACCCCAGAUCCAGGCUCAUGAAUCUGAAGCCAGUGUAAUUUUGUGCAGUGGUUCAGCAGGUAAUUAGAGUGCAAGCACAGAGGCAAACACACUCAUUCUGCAAUAUAGUAAGAAAGGUGAGAUAUUAAAAAGACCAUCUGUGGUGCGGAGGAUUUUGUUGAUGCUGAUAUUAACAGCAGAACUUGUAAAUGAACUGAACCAAAAAAAAAAAGCGUUACUGCUUGAGAACAUCACCUGGAGAUCCAGAUAACGUUAUUAGAAGACACACUGCUGGCAAUUCUCAUAAAACUCAUAUUAAUCAAAGUCUUUAAAAUUGCUUAGAGCACCUUGUAGAUAUGAAUAAAAUGAUUUUACAGUUAGCCUUAAAACAAAAAUACUGAACUGAUAAUCAAUUCAUUGAGUUUUCAGCCAGCCUCUUUUAAGCUCACUUUUGUUUUUUUACUUUGUUUUCUUAGAUACUGACAAAAAAAUUACAGAAAAAAUACAAUACAUUAAAAUAUUAAGUCAACACAAAGAACACAUGUAUUUUAAACUGACCAGAGUGCUGUUAUGAUUUGUUCUGCAUUUAUUAUUUAAGUGCACAAGCCUUAAAGCCUUUCUUAAAACUCAGCUCCAAGUUCAAUCUGGUAUUAAAAUAGAAAUGGUAGAUUUUUUUUGUUUGUUUAUUUUAUGUACAAUGGCAUUUUAAAGACAUUACAUUACAGGUUGGAACUGACUGACACUUGAAAGGCAGCUGCUAAAAAGCAAUAAAUAGCCACCUCAGUAAUUACCCCUCAAGUCAAUUUACACCUCUUUAACCCAGACAGGCUUAAGGUCACAAAGGCAAUGUUUCAAUCUUCCACAAGCUGCAGAAGACAAAACCUUUGGGUGUGUGAAUGAGUUUUAGAGCUGAUUUGCAAUAUAUGGAAAGAUACAGGAUGAUCUCAGAUCUUAAGCCACUGAUUUGGUUUGCUGUUGGUUAAAUCUGUUCUGUCACAAUAAUUAAAAUUCAUGAAACAUCGAUUAAAUUUUUUAUUAAUGAUAUAAUACUGUGUAUUAUAUAAUAUGACAAGAUAUCUUAUUUAAUUUAGUUGCCUCUGAUCGAUAUAUGACCAACUUUGUUUUGGGUUCUGUGGUAAAAGCCUGCUGUUAAUUUGCGCAUGGUGAUGUACAGUAACUGUUUUAAGUAUGAAGGUUACAGGCAAAUCACCUUCAUGGCCUAUAAAAUUGUUUGCAUAUCAGUUAAUAAAGUCUAACUGAUUAUAAAC